AUGGCUGCCGUUCCCGUCCGUCGCGCCGCUAUUGUCUUCGUGCUGCUCGUGAGCGUCAUCUUACUUCUCCGGUCCUUCUCAACCUCGGCGCAAGACGCACAUUACCAAGAUGAGAGGCCACUGCGCAUUCCACCCCAGGCAAGGGGCCAAGCGAGGUCCUCAUCAUCACAGGUCGCAGUUGGAGACGCCGCAGGCCUCUCACUUCUGGAACGCCUACGGUUCCAGUAUCCGUAUGAUCUCGACAGCAAGUUCCCCGCAUACAUAUGGCAGACAUGGAAAUAUUCGCCCGACUCCCGUUCAUUCCCAAGCCAUCUUCGCUCAUUAGAAGAAUCAUGGACCUCGCUAAACCCAGACUUCGCCCACGAAGUAGUCUCGGACCAGUCGGCGGAACAUCUGGUCCAAUACCUCUAUGGCGCCAUUCCUGAAGUCGUCGAGGCAUACAAUUCCAUGCCUGUACCGGUUUUGAAGGCUGAUCUAUUUCGCUACCUGAUUUUGUUGGCGCGUGGAGGAAUAUAUUCAGAUAUGGACACGCAGGCGCUGAAGUCGGCUAUUGACUGGCUUCCAGAUGAUAUGGACCCAUUGUCGGUUGGCCUCGUGGUUGGAAUUGAAGCUGAUCCUGACCGGCCUGAUUGGCAUAAAUGGUACUCGAGAAGAAUUCAGUUCUGCCAGUGGACUAUCCAAGCCAAGCCGGGCCAUCCUGUUCUUCGCGAUAUAGUGGCCACUAUCGUCGAGGACACUCUGCGAAUGAAGCGAAAGGGCAUCCUGACCAUGUCUAAGAUGGACAAGUCAAUAGUGGAAUUCACCGGUCCUGCAGUUUGGACUGAUGCUGUGUUCCGCUACUUCAAUAAUGCCGAAUACUUUCAGAGCGAAGAGCCCCGCAAUGUCACAUAUGCAGACUUCACGCAUCUGACUGUACAGAAGAAAGUUGGUGAUGUCGCAGUUCUUCCAAUUACCAGCUUUAGCCCAGGAGUCAAUCAGAUGGGUGCUGGGGGCCUGGAACACCCUCUAGCCUUUGUCAGCCAUCAGUUCGAAGGUAAUUUGUACUCCUUAAUCUCCGCUACUGUCAUGUUUGAGCAAGACUAA